CGGGCCCUAGAAAUAAACGAGGGUGGCUAGUAUAUUCAGACUUUAAGAGACCAGCGAGGCUGGUUCCAUGCUCACUUGUUGAAGUCGCUGCGGUCCUACUGCAAGUGCUCUUUAGAAGACGAACGAUUCUUUACAGCAAGGCUGUUGUUGCACAGGUAACUAACUGGCAGUAGGACUUUAAGUGUUAUUACACUGUUAACCGCACGUUGGAGACCCUAAAAGCCAACGUGGUGGUCCUGCAGAGUUGAAAUAGCUGUUCUUCGCUGGAAGUUGCACUUUCUGAAAGGGAAGCUUCUGUUGGUCUUCUUUGUCAGGGUAAAUAAAAAGCAUUUUUCGAUCGUUGAAGGAUGACCGAGGGCGAGAAGGUUACAGAAAACGGGGACCAUACUGGAGGGAAGACUGAUGCCGCCACAGCUGUGAUCUCAGACGGGCAGAAGCCAGUGAGUGACAAUGAUAUGAUGUCAGGGGAUUCAUCUCAGAUGGUCAAAGGAAAUAGUGAAAAGGAUGGUGACCACUGCAGAGAAAUCGAACAGUUUCAGCAAGAAAAAGCUGUGGAACCCCCAGAUGGUGGCUGGGGCUGGGUGGUAAUGAUUUCCUCAAUGUGGUGCAAUGGAUCAGUAUUUGGAAUCCAGAAUGCAUUUGGCAUCAUGUUUGUUGCUCUGCUGACAGUAUUUGGACCAGACACAAAUGAGGCGCUCCGGUUCAAAACAGCAUGGGUAGGUUCACUUUCCAUGGGAAUGAUAUUCUUCUGCUCUCCAAUAGUCAGUAUAUUUACAGACUUGUUUGGUUGCCGCAAAACGGCUGUUGUUGGUGCCGCAGUGGCCUUCAUUGGAAUCAUGUGCUCCUCUUUUGUAAGAUCUCUAGGUCCUUUGUAUUUUACGUAUGGUAUUAUAUUUGCGUGUGGCUGUUCCUUUGCAUACCAGCCUUCACUUGUCAUUUUGGGGCAUUACUUCAAGAAGCGACUUGGAUUAGUGAAUGGAAUUGUUACUGCAGGAAGCAGUUUUUUUACCAUCUUGUUGCCUCUGUUUCUGGAAAAACUGAUAGAAAAUGUUGGCUUGUUCAACACGCUUCGCUUCCUGAGUAUCUUUAUGUUUAUUUUGUUCCUUGCUGGUUUUACAUACAAACCUUGGCCUCCCACAGAAAAGAAAAAUAAGUCUGACAAGAAGAACUCAUUCAAAUGCCCAUCUGCAAGUAAAGUUUUUAAUGUCCAUGUCUGGAAAAUUUUAGUGUACCGUAUCUGGGCUUUUGGUAUUCCAACAGCACUUUUUGGAUAUUUUGUGCCUUAUGUCCAUCUGAUGAGUCACGUGGAGGAAACGUUUGGCAAAGAUGUAAAUAAAGAAAUCCUUUUAAUGUGCCUUGGCAUUACCUCUGGGAUUGGACGGCUGAUCUUUGGAAGAGUUGCAGACUGUGUUCCUGGUACUAAAAAAGUUUAUCUUCAGGUAAUCUCAUUCUUCGUUAUUGGUUUUUUGUCUAUGAUGAUUCCACUCUGCAAUGCCUUUGGGGGUCUGAUUGCUGUCUGCCUUCUUAUGGGUCUGUUUGAUGGCUGUUUUAUCUGCCUUAUGGCUCCAAUUGCCUAUGAACUGGUCGGUGCAGAAAAUGUAUCCCAAGCAAUUGGGUUCCUCCUCGGCUUGAUGUCCAUACCUAUGACUGUUGGUCCACCUGUUGCAGGUUUUCUGCGGGAUCGUUUAGGUUCGUAUGAUGUGGCUUUUUACUUGGCAGGAGUCCCACCAAUUAUUGGAGGUGUUGUACUUUGCUUCAUCCCCUGGAUCCAGGGAAGAAAACUUAAAGAAAAGGAAGCAGAGAAAGCAGAAAGUGGAGCUGCAGAGAAAAUGCUUGAUAACACCCAUAAUGCACUUGGCAAAGCUGAGGAGCAGCACAGAAAUUCGGAAUCUGUUAUUUAAUUGUCUUCCUGCCUUCCUGUUGGACUGAUCAGGCUUCAGUUUUCAGAUCCAGGUUUACAAGUGAAAAGGGUCUUUAUUUUAUGGAGCAAAGAUCCCUGGUAUUACUUUUGGGAAACAAGCACAGCUUGCAGUUUGAAACUGCACAGUUUACAGAAACAUAAUGUUUCAUUUCCCAGCGGUACCAUAUAAAUGACUGAUACCAUACUGAGUGGGGCAUGGCAAUUUUUCUUAUUUGGCUGCAGCAUUCACUUAUGUGCCUAGACAGUAUCUGCAGAAUUAAACUGGCUUUUUCUAUACUUGUAGUUUACAGUUAGCUGUAGCUAGCAUAAUAUAAUGCAGAUAAGUAUAUGUGCUUCACACUUUAUGAUUUAUUUAAACACUCUUUCCUAGCAUGCUUAUUCGACCGCACAUGUACUGAGAGAUGCAUGAUGGGAUGUAGCACUUCACAUAAUGUAAUCUACACAGUAUUAUAGAUGCUGACACUGUAGUGUAUCUCGAAGUACCAUGCUGGCAUGAAGUGUAUAUGCAGUGCAAGUCACAUAAUAUAGUUUUUGCAGACAGCACUGCCUGGACUGAGGGCUGCUCAGUAGAAUCCUGUACUUUGUUGUACGUAAAUAACAUGCUGCAGUAUUUCGUAGGAGCACUAUGUAAUGAGUUCAUUUUGACAUGGGAGAUACAUGACAGUAUACCACAUACCAUAACUCCAUUUCAAACAUUACCGAUUUUUUAUAACACUAGGUUAGCACAUUCUCUUCCCGUUACAUUGUGCCCUGUGUUGCAGCAUGCACUUCAUUUAAUGAAAAUCAUACCUCACUGACAUUUCUAGCGCAUUGUGUAUAGGCCUUAAAAUGGUGGUGCAAUAUGCAAUGCAGCAGUUGUGUUAAUGCAGUUUAGAUGUAGCAGCUCUUCCUUAUAUCACAGCACAGUGCAACUACUGCAUCCUGCUGCAUUUUGUGAUGCGUACUGCAGUACUUCCUGGUGUCAGAGCACUGCGUAACUGCCUUCUGUGGCAUUUUCUGUAGCAAACUGCAGCACUUCCUGGUAAGACAGCACUAGGCAAUUGCAUUCUACUGCAUUUUGUGAUGAAUACUGCAGUACUUUGUAACAUCACUACACAAAUAUCAGUACUACUUUUAUUGCAUUGUGCUUCAAUUAAUGCUAUUUAUUUAUUGCAGCUUUGAUUGGUAUGACAAGCAGUAUUUUACAAACUACAGGGCAUGCAGCACUCAUAUCAUACAGAAAAGCAUUUCUUGAGAACACUAUGUAAGUCAAAGUUGUCAGACUAAGUAAGUGACAUAGUUUAAGUAAUGCUUCAGUCUGCCUUUUUUUAUACAGUGCAUUAUAUCCUGAAACCUUUCUAAAAAUGACUGAUAAGUCUGAGAGAGAAGUCGACAGCAAACAUCUUUCAUUUGCUACAGGUCAAUUAUAUAAACAGAACACAUACUAUUAACACUGAGAUCAGCUCUAGGAUGCUUUGAAUUGUGAGAUUGCUUUACUUUUCAUGAACAAAUAUUAACAAAACCUUCCACUGGUAUUUUUGUCACCAAAACUCUUACCUUCCUGCAAGUGCUGUUUUGUAAAGAAGAUAGUUUGUGCAUUAGUAGUGAAUUAGUUUAUGGUUUCCCGAGGCUGCAGAGAAUAACCCAGUUUGCUACAAAACCCAGUGUUUUUGUUCUACACUGCUGCUAAAUAGAAUACAAAUAGCAAGCAAUUCGAUAUCAUCUUACAUGAAAACAAAAAAAUCACAAAAUGCUUUAAGAGCCCAACUCUGUAUUUUUUUUUGCCAAUAAAAGACUGGAAAAAAGAGUUGCAGAGGAGAAAACUAGUUGUCAUGGCCGAAGAGAAUGGGCCAGGCUUGAUGGGACGAUACAUGUCAGACAGAGAGCUAAAGAAAAAUAACUGUGACCUGUUAGGAAAGGGAACUUUAAAAAAAUCAUAAUGGUCAAAGUGGUAAACCCCUUGUAAGUCUUGAAUGUCUUACUUCAUUGGCUAGGGCUGAUAUUAUUUCUCAGAGUGAAAAAAUUGCAGGGUUGUUGUUGAUCUUGUACUGUGUGAAUUCAUCCUUUGUGAGUUGCCAGAUGGUGAAUCCUAACAAAAUUGAAAACUGCUGUCAGAGUAGAUCAGAUCAAAACUGAUAAAGUAUACACAAAGUAAGGUUUAAGACUUUGCUGCAUAGAAAGUAGGAUGUUUGUAAAAAUAUACUAGAUAGGGCAUAAAGGGAAGAGUGUUCCUGUAAGCAUGGAGCAAUAGGCAAAACAUAAUGGACCAGUCUGCAAGCUAGCUGGUUGCUGAGGCCAUGAAAUGUCAUUGUGCUCUGUUAAAACUCAGCUAGCAUUCUGCUAAGACUUGUAUUUAUUUUGAAAAUUUAGUGAUAUUAUGUUAGACAUCCCAUUAAUACUUUAAAAAACAAGUGCUGACUCUUUACUAAUGUGUGCUACAACAAUUUCUCUUCCAAAUGGAUUGUAAAACAGUAGCUUAUUUAGAAAAGGUGACAGUAACCUUGGGAUUUAUGCUGUGGAAGUUUAUCACUUCUGCUAGCUAUUAUGGACCAAAAGUUUACAUGUCCCUUAAUGGAGCAAUCAUAAUUUCUGCAAUAUCAUAUGUACAGUAAGAAUGUAUAUAGUAGUUUACUCUGAUUAAUAAUGUGCACCAUUUUAAAUUAUUACUACACUAUCUAAAUGUCUACUGUUCACUCUUUGUAUUUGUUUACACUACUUUGUCAAACUCUGCCUGUAUACAGACAUUUUAUUACAACCAUACUAGGCCAGUUGACCCAGGUUGUGACCAAUUCACUCACCUAGUUAAACUUAAGUAAAUAACUAUAGUCCCGAUGUUCUAAAUACCGGCGCUCAGAACAUCGAGAUUGUGAAAUCUCAAAAUAACAAAAAAAAAAAACAACAAUCAAGAAUACAU